GUAAAUAGUUUCUGGGACUCUCAUUCAAGCCUAACUGCAUCAAGAGGAAGCUGGAGGAGUGUCCUGUUUAAAACCACAGUCUGUAAUAUGAGCCAAAGCGAAAGUGAAAGCAUGAAAGCCCCUACAGUUUAUAAUCACACGAAAGCACAAAACAGCAGCUGAAAGAUGGAGAACUACAUGUACGAUGUGUGUUUUGAAGCCGGUAAUCUCUCUGAUUCAGCACUUAAACACAUUAAAAGGUACUUUAAUGUAAGGCGUCUAUCUGGAAGAGGAGACUGUGAAAUCUACGAAGUGGAUAAAGACAUCUACAAGAUCAGUUUUACAAGUAAAAAAGACCAGGAAGCAGUGCUAGCCCGAGGAGAUCAUGUCAUCAACACACCUGAAAAAGAGGACAUCCGUGUUUCAGUAAGGUGUGACAAUAAUGCUAAAAGCAGAAAACUAUCAAACGCAUCUGCUAAUCAGAAAUCUGCGAGCUCUAAAGGUGUGGAGAAGGUAUUUAAACUGGACCAAUAUCUUCUACGAUUCCUCAGUGACUGUAAGAAGCCAUAUUCAGAAUUGGAGAAACUCCUCUCAGCUCUUUCUAGCACCUUUGAGAUCAACAUUGAGACUGAAGAGUUGGUGGUGUUGAGGGACCCAGCAGGUGAAGAUGCUUCUUCACUAAAAGAAUGGGAACUUGGUGUGGACCAAGUGAUUGAGAACCUAAAGAUUCACAAUAGUAUCCACUUUGAGUUUGAAAGAGACAAAUACGCAAUUCUAGAAGAAAACCAUUUCCUCCAAAAUGAGGACUUAAAAAUCUAUUUUGAACAAGGCUCAUGUGUGGCUGUGGUGGUCGGAGAACGAAAUCAAGUGGACAAGAUUUUGAAAUUCACAAGCGACCUGCAGGAAAAACAGCAGGUCAAAGAAGAGUGUCAGAUCUCAGAGAAACGAUUUGCCCUCAUUAAAGAGCAGUUUGAGUCAUGCAUAAACUCGGAUUUACCUGCACUUCAGAUUGCACCAAAGCGAGCAGGUGUAAUCCUUUUGAAGGGUCCAGAGAAAGAUGUCCAAGAAGGAAAAGAGAAGCUUGCAAAGUUGGCACAAGGGAUCCAAGAGAAGAAGAUCCCAUCAAAAUAUGCCCUUAUGAACUUCUUGGAUUCAAGCGAUGGUAUAAAACACUUCCAGAGAAGAUUUCAGCAGAGCCUCUGCAGCCCAGUAAUGCUCGAGACUUCAGGAUCAGAUCUGCUUCUGUUGAGUUUGUCUGAUGAAGCACUUCAGGAAGCGGCCAGAGUCAUUAAGAGAGACCUGAGCUUAGAGAUUAUACAUUUGGAAAACACUCAGAAGUCAUCAGCGUUUACUACGCUAAAGGAAGAGUUGAGUAAAGCGGUCAAGCAGGCCAAUCGUGAAAGUGUAAAAGUGGAGCUUAAAUACCAGAAUGAGUCAAGCUCUGAUGCCAAAGUGCAACUGGUCGGCUUCACUACUGAAGUUAAUGAGCUGAAGAACAUGUUACUUGAAUAUAAAAGAAACCAUCAGAUGCAUGAAGUCCGUCUGGCGCUUCAAUUCCCAGAGAUGGCAAAGCAUUUCUCUGAGAUCAUGUCAAUGGCUGGUGUCAAGAAGAACAGUGUGAAAAUAAAGCCAACAUGUUCAUCUUCCCCAUGCAUCCACCUUAAAGGACCUCACUGUGCAGUUGAGAGUUUAAAGGAAACCCUUGAUUCAUAUCUCUGCAGUCUUGUGACUAAAAGAUUUGAGGUGAAAGGACCUGGAGUUCAACAGUUUUUUCUAGGUGAUGGUGCAGAGACACUGAAAUUAGUGAAGAAUUCUUAUAUGGUUGGGAUUCUGCCCAUCAAUGAUGAGCAACCAAGAUAUCAAGUGCCCAGUUACUCAACCAGCUUGAGUAUUCUAGGCUCAGCAUCUGCUCCAUCAACCCAUCAGUCUCCUGACUAUGAGAAUAUAAUACACAUUAAAGUUGUGGUUGGAAGUCUUGAGCAACAAAAGGCUGAUGUGUUUGUUGUGCCAAUGGUCCAAGCUAAUAUGACCUCAACAUUGAUUGGAUCAUCUCUGUUCAAAAAAUCAGGACAGCAGCUUCAAACUAACUUCAACACUGUGAAGGGUCGUGGAACUCUUACACCUGGAGACGUGCUCAUAGUGGAUGCCACACCAGGGUUGGGAUGCUCAAAGGUGUUCUUCAUUGAAUGUGCACCAAAGGGGAAAAAACUAACUGAAAAAGUACUUCGCUGUGCGCUUGUCUGUGUUUUUACACUAUGUGAGCAGAAUUCUUUUGGUUCAGUUGCACUGCCGGUUAUUGGACCUGGAGAAGUGUUGUCCAUACCAGUCAAAGAUUCUGUUAAUAUCCUUACUCAGGAGAUCUGUAAAUUUUUAUCUCAGCCCACUGUUUUCCUGCACACCAUCUAUAUCCCAAUAAUGCCUAAUUACUCCCAUUCUGAAGAGAUGUUCGAGACAGUCCUUGGGAAUUUCAGUAAAAAAAUGGUGGACAAAAAAGGACAAGCUCUGUUUCUCUCACUGACCUCUGACCUUGAUGAGGUCAUCAUGGCAGUAAAUGGGAUCCAACUUCAUCUAGUGUUUGGUGACAUCACUAAUGAGACGACUGAUGCCAUCGUAAACACCACAGACUUUAAAGACUUCCAGACAAACGGAGUGUGUAAGGAUAUCCUUACAAAAGCAGGUCCCCAUGUUCACGCUCAGCUGAAAGGUGCUCAGGUCGCAAGUGGGCAGAUCUUUACGACCCCACCGGGAGGCUUCCCAUGUAAGACCAUCAUGCAUGUUUGUGGAGAGAGAAGCCCCAGCGUCAUCAAGACCUUAGCAAAAGAAAUAGUGGUUCAGUGUGAGAGCGGCCAGUACCAGUCUGUGGCCAUUCCUGCUAUCUGUGCUGGACAAGAAGGAAUGGAUCCAAAUGUGGUGGCCAAGUCCAUUCUAGAUGGAGUAAAGGAGGGGGUUCAAGAAGUGAAUCUUCAAUAUCUCAGAAAUAUUCGCAUCAUUCUGCUGAAAAUUAAUGUUUUCCUGGAAUUCAAAGCAGUGGCACAGCAAGUCUUUAGUGACAAUACACAGAAAACAGCUCCUGCAUCACUUGUACCUGCCAUUGUUACCACCAGAGGACACAGUUCAAACAGCAGCAGACCAAAAGCUUUACCAAAAUUGAGCCGUUCCUUACCAGUUGGUUUGAACUUCAGUUCUUUAAUGACACAUACUUCUGCAUUACAACGGAGCAGUUCCUUACCAGUUGAUUUGAUCAGUGGAUCAACAUCAUUGACCAGAUCAAAACCACUUUCUUUACCAGCCACACCUGACUUGAGUUAUCUAUUGGUAUCUUUGCCGGACACAGAGGACAAGGCAGCAUUCCAGGUGAUUGGUGACCGUGAUAAAGACGUGUCUGAUGCCUGUAGAGAGCUUCAGCGGGCGUACGACAGUCAGUGUUCAACACAAUCUUUCCUCUCUGAUGAGAUUGAGCGUCUCACUAAGGAUGAGCUGGACAAGCUGCUGUCUAAAGUAGAUUCACUGCACCUUAAGCUAGAAACCAACAGCUCUGGAGAAUGGGUGGUUAAAGGGCUAAGAGAUGGAGUGAAUGAGGUGGCGAGACUAAUACAAGAUGCACUUCGCAGACAGGUAAGAGAGAAGGAACAGGAUAACCUCUUCACUCAAGUGACGUGGUGCAUUCUGGGAGUGCGGGGCAUUUGGCAGAAGGUUCCAGAAGAGGCCAAUCAUAAACUUGAGAGAGCUGAUGUAAAUGAUGGGAUUGUGGAUGCACAAGGUGUGAAAUGGACUGUGGAUAUAAAGAAAAUGGAGGCCACAGCAUGUGUUUCAGGACAGGUGACAGCUCUCAAACGCCUGGAGAACCUUCCAGAUUUCUCUUUGCCCAUCUACUGGGACAACAUGAGACAAAACGAGCAUUUAAAGGUGGUUGAUUUAGAUCAGCAAUCAGCAGAGUACCAGACCGUGAAGGCGGAUUUCAAGAAGACCAUCAAACAGACUGUGCUCAAGAUCGAGCGCAUCCAGAACAUCAAUCUUCGGCGGUUAUAUGAGGCACGUAAAUCUGAGCUGGAGAUCAAGAAUGAUCCAGCUGUCGGAGCAGGAGAGAAAAUCCUUUAUCACGGCUCUGCACAGGCGUCCUGCUCGUCUAUCAUGAGCACAAACUUCAACCGCAAUUUUGCUGGGCAGAAUGCCACUGUCUUCGGUCAUGGGACGUACUUUGCAGUGAACGCCAGCUACUCUGCUCAGGCGACCUACGCAGUUCCAGCAGCAGACGGGACUCAGCUGAUGUUUGUGGCUCGUGUGCUUACGGGUCAUUAUGCUCAGGGUCUUGGGAACAUGAAGACGCCCCCUGUCCGUGUUGCUCCAGACCAGUUCUAUGACAGUGUGGUAGAUAACACCCAGGAUCCCACAAUGUUUGUGGUUUUUCACGACUGCCAGGCUUAUCCAGACUACCUCAUCACAUUCAAGUAAACUUCAACAACAAUCACUGGAUGAUUCACACUACCUGACAAAAGUCUAGUCGCCUAUCCAGGUAUUAGCAACAACAAAUAACAACUUCUAGUUAUCAUUUGGUAUGAGAAGUGGUUUAUAUGAAAGGCAAAGGCCUCUAGAUUAUGCUUAUUUUAGCAAAAUAAAAUAUGAUCAUGUC